AUGGCCUGGACCCCUCUCCUCCUCAGCCUCCUUGCUCACUGCACAGGUUCCAUGGCUGCCUAUGUGCUGACUCAGCCCCGCUCGAUGUCAGUGAGCCUGGGACAGACGGCCAGGAUCACCUGUGGGGGAGACAACAUUGGAAGCAAAAAUGCUUACUGGUACCAACAGAAGCCAGGCCAGGCCCCCGUGACGAUUAUCUAUGCUGAUAGCAAGCGGCCCUCAGGGAUCCCUGACCGAUUCUCAGGCACCAACUCAGGGAACACGGCCACCCUGACCAUCAGCGGGGCCCGGGCUGAGGACGAGGCUGACUAUUACUGUCACGUGUGGGACAGCAAUGCUGAUGCUCACGGGGUAUUCGGCGGAGGGACCCAGCUGACCGUCCUAGGUCAGCCCACGUCCGCACCCUCGGUCACGCUCUUCCCACCCUCCUCUGAGGAACUCAGCGCCAACAAGGCCACCCUGGUGUGCCUCAUCAGUGACUUCUACCCCAGCGGCGUGACGGUGGCCUGGAAGGCAGACGGCGGCACCGUCACCCAGGGCGUGGAGACCACCAAGCCCUCCAAACAGAGCAACAACAAGUACGCGGCCAGCAGCUACCUGAGCCUGUCGCCUGCCAAGUGGAAAUCAUACAGCAGCGUCAGCUGCCUGGUCACGCACGAGGGGAGAACCGUGGAGAAGAAGGUGGUCCCCACAGAGUGCUCUUAGGUCCCCGACACCCUCCCUCACCCAAGGGGGCCUGGAGCCACAGGACCUCCGGGCGGAUCUGCCCUCCCAGCAGGGUCACCCCAGCCCUUCUCGCUGCACCCGCUCGACUCUCAAUAAAAUGUCCUUUAUUCAAUCAGAAA